AUGUCGCGGCCAGAACGAGAGCCUUUACUGGCUGCUACAGGCGGAGCAGGCCGCUCGAAGAACUCACCAAGCGCAGAUAUCCCCAUUGUUCAAGGAAACAAAUUAAAUGCUCCUAAGGCUUCCAAGAUUGGCGCCCAGAGAACCUCUCGGACAGCGCAGAAGUUGAAACUCCUCCCCGAAGAACCAUUUAAUAGACCGGAAGACUUGCUUUUGGGUAACGCAGACCGAGACGUUUAUUCUCAGGUCAAUAGAAUCACUGAUACCCCUGCCCGGAGAGAUGCCGAAAAGCUAGGAAAGGGUCAACGGCACCUUCUCCCUAGGGUGACCGCGUACUGUACAUCAAGCGCAUACAAUAUGAAGGAACUGGUACGAUGGUUGAAGGGCUGCAAGAAAGCGCACCAUACCCAUCCAAAGUUAUUUGAUGAGUGCUUAUUUACCCCGUUCAUCUACACCGAUUGGAGAGGAGAUAAAAGAUUUAAAGACGAAGAUGUAAUAAGGUUGGACGACGAGGGAGGAGAAAUCAAUGUCAGCGACAAACAACCAGACUUGUUCAUAUUUGAGUACGGUGUUAUCGUCAUGUGGGGCUUCACCGAACGAGAGGAGAAGGCGUUCUUGAAUGAUGUUGAAAAGUUUGAGAAAGAGAAACUGGCAGAGGAGGAUGUGCAAGUGGAACAGUUCAAUUACUACAUUACGCAAAGCUAUCAGCCCAGAAUUUACAACGAUUUCAUAACAUUGAGGGAUGGAUCCAACUAUAUGGUUAAACUUUCCAUUUCCCAUGCUAUUGCACAAAGCGUGAAGAUCUCGCUAUUCGAAGAGUUAGUGGAUAACACGAUAGAAGAUACUCAAGACAUUCCUCAGCAAAUCGCAUCGAGCGGUAAGGUAUCCAUGGGUAAGGCGGAUAUUAUGAAAAGCAUAGGAGAGCUCUUCAUUCUCAGGAUCAACAUCAACCUACAUGGGUCGGUGCUGGAUUCGCCUGAGAUCAUGUGGUCAGAGCCGCAACUCGAGCCCAUAUACCACGCCACAAGAGGUUAUUUGGAAAUCAAUCAAAGAGUGGCGUUGCUCAAUCAAAGGCUAGAGGUCAUCUCAGAUCUUCUUCAGAUGCUGAAGGAGCAGCUUGGCCAUUCACACGAAGAAUACUUGGAAUUUAUCAUCAUAGUGCUGGUCGGGGUUGAAGUUUUAAUUUCGCUCAUAAAUAUCGUCGUGGACCUUCUCUCAGAAGCUCGCUAA